AUGUUCAUCACUUCCGCUGUGCAGUCCCUCGCCUACCUCGCUAUCGUACCAGACCACGGAGUCUUCGGUGUCGACCCUCCUAAUAUCCAACGUAACCUAUUCCCCCACCGCAAUGGACAGGCAGGACCGAAGCCGUAUACCUACUCCGGCCUCCUCGCUGCGGUGGCCAAGUUCGACAAGUUCUGCAAUGAAGCUCACGGGAAUCUAGACUUGGAUACAGCAUGCAAGAAAGAACUCUCCAUCAAUUUCGCUCACUUCACUCAAGAAACUGGAGAGAACAGUGGCUGGGGACCGGCCCCUCGCUGGCGUCAAGGUCUCUACUUCACCCACGAAAUCGGGUGCACCGCCGUUGCAUGCCCGAAGGUCAAGGCUAUUAUGGCAGAGUACGUUUUUGGUGACAAGUAUAAACUAUUGAAGGAUGCGGAUUCCCUUCUUACUGCUGAGGAUGGUAUGCUAGCCUUCGCUAGUGCUAUAUGGUUCUUGAUGACCCCACAGCCGCCUAAGCCCGCCAUAUAUGAUAUCGUCGUUGGGAAAUUGCAGCCCACUGCCAGAGAUAAAGCUGGAGGGCGCUAUCCAGGUUUUGGCGAGACUACCCUCAUUAUCAACGGCGCCUUGGAGUGUUCUAACCCCAACGAUGCCCGAGCAGUGAGUCGCAUAGACUUCUACAAGAACUUCACUAGCUUCUUCAACGUGGCUACGGGUGAUCAUCUCUCAUGCGGCGGAAUGAAGGCCUUUUAA